AUGACUUCAACACAAUGCCAACAAGGCGUUGUAGCUACAACGCCUCGACCAGAGGGCUUCCCGGAGCGUCUGCCUAGUAGCUGAGCCGCAGAUGUCGAUCAAGUGCUUCAUAUUGUCACAAACACGACGGUCAUGGUGGUCUACCAGUAUGUUUGCCGCGGCGUAGCCGUAAAUGUCCACGAAGUGGAUUAACGGCAAGCUUUGGUUGGGCAGGUAGGUAGGUAGGUAGGUAGGUAGGUAGAUAGAUUACCGAAACGUUGCCUUGAUGCCGGCUAGAUGAAUUACCAUUAUCGCAAGCGCGGCCCGGGUGGCAAGCCGGAAUCUCCUCCGACUUCGUGGCCAAGCCGUAAACACUUGUUUUCGCAUGGGAAAUAAUGGAAAUCGGACUUCGGGAAAUUCGUCAACGAGCCGUAAUCAACGUGAGGUGGUCAUGGUAGACGCAAAGGCGGGAGCCAAUGAUAAAUAUUGUCGCGAUUUCCGAUAAUAGAAAGGCACCUAAUAGGUAUCUGUAGGUAUCUAGUGGGACAAUGCAAUUCGCCAACAGAAGCCACCGAUUCAGCCAGGGUCAUGAAGGUCCAGCAAGGCGCCAUCUAGGUAUAAAACUUCACUCUCCCCAGUUCGUUACCCACUCGACCAGAUACCUAAUUCAUCAAACCGCCAACCUGACUGCCUCACCGCCGACAUCCAUGACGUCCGUCGCUAGCCCACCGAUAGCUCCAGCUUGUCCAGGCGGGCUAAGUAUUGAGCAAGUCCAGAUUUUCGUCCGUCAUGGCGAGCGAAGCCCAAUAUCGGCUCGCUUUCAGAAUACUGGGUUGUCUCCCUAUUGGCCGUAUUGCAGUGCGGCGCAGCGAUUCACCCAGGUUGUCAUGGCUACCCAGGAUGGCUCCAGAUGGGAAUCUAUGAUUUGGAAGAGAUGCCUAGAGACAUCUGGGCCGGACGGGCGAUCUACUCCCGCAAAGGGCGCAGGUGGUGAGACCACCAGCAUCUGUAUGCCCGGAGAGCUCACUGACAGAGGACGGGAAACCUCCCUCGCCUUCGGCAAGUCGUUGCGUCGGCUCUACGUCGAUCAACUAAGCUUGUUGCCAAAACAUCUACCAGAUGCCGAAAUGCUCUAUAUUCGGACAACGGAGGUGCCGCGGGUCAUCGAGUCGGUGCAGCAGGUCUUACAUGGCCUUUACCCUUUGGGUACGAACCGAACCUCGGCUCCUUGGGAUAUUGCCAUGCGCUCGCGGGCGGAGGAAACGCUACUCCCCAGGACCCAGUCGUGUGCUAGACUCGCAGAGCUUACUAGAGCAUUUUCUCAGGCAGCUGCAGAGAAGUGGAACGGAAGCGACGACAUGAGGUACCUGUCUGAAAAGCUGGGUAAAUGGAUGCCUGGCAACAAAGCCGUGGCCGUGGACUCUCGGCCCAGAUUGUUCGCCAUCAUGGACACCAUCAAUGCAACACUUGCCCAUGGGCCCGAGACUCGGCUCCCCGACGAAUUUUACGACGAACGAGUGCGCAGAGUUAUCGACCAAAUAGUAGUCGACCAGAUGUUUCGCGGCUAUGGUGUUUCUCGCGAACUACGAAUGCUUGGUGUAGGUCAGUUAAUGGGAGACAUGGUCCUGAAAAUGCUUGACCAAGUAGAGUGGAAUCGAAGAUACGACGUGCGAGACCCUGUCUUGCAAUCAAGAGCACCACCCAGGCUAUCUCUAUUAGGUUGUCACGAUCGCACGAUCGGCAUAGUGCUAGCAAGCCUUGGCUGUCUUGAUAGUAACGAGAAAUGGCCGCCUUUUACCAGCCACAUCACCUUGGAGCUGUUUCGCAAGCGACGAACGCCUUCCCCGAGCAUGAAAGAAGAUGAAAAGCAGUCUAUAUGGAGAGAUGCUACUACUAGCGUGAAUCCAAUCACCAAUCGGGCAGACACAGGCGAACCGCGAGCCAUCAGACGACUACAUGUCAAGGAACCCACGACGGACGAGAUACACGAACUUGACGAAUACUUCGUAAGGGUCAGAUAUAAUGACCGCAUCAUGACGGUCCCUGGAUGCCGAGCGGAAGGGAAGCACUUUGACGGGGACGCAAGUCUCUGCUCGCUGUCAUCAUUCAAGUCUAUUGUAGAUAAAUUCACCCCUAGAAAUUGGAAACGCGCGUGCAAUUCUAACUUGGGUGCUUCGUCGACCAUGAUAAGCGAUGAGUCGGCCGGGUAUUAGGAAAAUUGUCACCUGGAUCUUAUACAUUA